CCGGUCAAGCCCAUAUAUGUUGCGCCGCGGCACCCGAUGGUGCUGUGCCAUGGGUUGUACGGCUUUGACGUGCGAGGGCCGGAGAAGCUGCCGCUACUGCAGUUCCAUUACUGGCGCGGGAUUCGCGAGGCCCUGGAGCAGAUCGGGGCCAAGGUGGUCGUAGCCAAGGUGGCCAGCACGGGAGGCGUGCAUGAGCGCGCACAGCAAUUGGACACUUUGCUGAAGGGGCGGCUGGCCAAGCAGAAAGUGAACAUCGUCGGCCAUUCGAUGGGCGGGCUGGAUGCGCGCUACAUGAUCACACACGUGCGGCCCACGGACUAUGAGGUUAGUUCUCUAACAACAGUUUGCACGCCGCACCGCGGCUCGCCGUUUAUGGACUGGUGCCGCGACUAUCUGAGUCUGGGCUAUCGCUCGUCACAGCUGGUGAAGCUGACACGCACGUCAGUUGACGAGGGAGACUACUUGCAGCGCUCCGUGGCAUUGCUGCGCAUGGCGUACCGCCGCAUCAUGGCUACGCUAGACACGCCGGCGUAUGCAUGUCUGACGACUGACUACUGCAACCGAUUCUUUAAUCCUGCUACACCCGAUGUUGCUGGCAUCGAGUACCUGUCGUACGGCGCACAGAUGGAUACCGGCGAUGUUGCAGGCAAGGUAAACCCGCUGACCAUCCCACACGAUAUCAUUUAUCGGGCUGAGGGGCCGAAUGACGGGCUCGUGAGUCUCACCAGCGCACAGUGGGGCCAUUAUCUGGGAACCGUGACUGCGGAUCACUUUGACUUGACGAACCGGUGGCGAUUCAGUAACAUUGGCAAGGACUUUGUCGGCACGAUGGCUGACUGGGGGUCGCAGUGGGCGACAUGGCUCCGACGCAAAGAUGCCGAGGGGCGGGCGAGUAUAGAUGGUGCGGCGUCGGCAGCCAAGCGAUUCGAUGCCAUCGAGUUUUAUCUCAGGGUUGGCACCACUCUGUAUCAGCGCGGCUUCUAA